UUUUUAAACUAUCCACACAAUGGUGUCUGGUAGCUGGUUUGAACUACUAAAAGCUGCCGCUGGAUUGUUAUUGGUGCUACUGGAAGUUUCUUUGUCUAAGGAAACUCACUGUGAUGUUAGACAAGAUGGAGCUCAAUGCUAUGGACGAUUGGGGUCUACAGUGGUCUUCCAUCUCAUGGAUAGCAGCUCAGAUAUACAUAAAUUUGAAUGGAGAUACGAAGGAUCAACAAUCCUGAGAGAAAGAAAAAAUAUGUUUUUUCCACAUCCCCACCUGAAGAAUUAUAUCUUUAUUCCUAGCAAUGGUAGCUUUAUAAUAAAGAACCUCAGCAGGACUGACGGUGGUGAAUAUACUCUGGAAACUUUUGAUGCAGAUGGAAGGAAAAUGGGACAGCAUGCUCUUCAGCUGUAUGUUCAAGCUCCUAUAGCCUCUGUCCAGCUGAUUUUGGAGUGUUCGUCCCAGUUAGAGCUGAGGGUGUCCUGUCUCCCCAUGGAAGGAGACAGUCCUCAGUACAGCUGGUCUCUGGAAGGAAACCAACUGACAGACUCAGAGCUCCUCUCUGGUGAUAGUGAGUCAAACAUCAUCCUUUUGCGAAAGAAUAUAUCUGGACGUCUCCUCUGCUCAGUCAGGAAUAACAUCAGCAGCGCCUCAAAAGAGCAAAUCAUAUCUGCUUGUGAAGAUACCGCCGUGCUGAGAUGUGCUCUGAUGUUUGUUGCAGCCAUUCUUUUAUGUGCUGGAAUUGGCCUCUAUUUCACAAGGAAGGAGAAAAAAUACAGGAAAGAAUUUAACAAACCACACGAAAAAGAGAAUCCUGAUGACUUUGAAGUAACUGAACAUUUGGCUGAUGAUUAAUUGUUAUCCUUUCAAGAUAACUUUUGAUGAUAUAAAAAAAAAAUAUCAGUUCAUUUUUUAUUUUAAAAAUCCUCUUAAAUUUCUGAAAAAUAAGUUGUUUUGUAUUUUAGGCUGCUUUAAUCUCUUGAUAAAUGUGAAAAAAAAUUACUUACCCAGCAUUUCAUAGAAAAUAUAUAUGGGUAACUAUAUUGUAAUUUUAUACAAUUCAUCCUUUUGUUUUAUGUUACAGUAAAAAUAGUCCAUAUA